GCGCGUGUGUGUAGCAGAUAAACUAGCUGUGUCUGCGCUGAAGAUGAGGCUGAGCGGUGUGCUCGUGUGUCUGCUCCUGCUUUGGGUUGAAGGGUCCUGGGGUGACACACCGGCCAACUGCACCUAUGAGGAGCUACUGGGGACAUGGGUGUUUCAAGUGUCCAAAGGAGGACACGACAAGACCAUUAACUGCUCCGCUGAAGCUACAGGCCAGAGCACAGUGACGGUGACCCUGGAGAAACUGUCUGUAGCCACUGAUGAGCUGGGGAACAUCGGCUUCUUUACCCUCAUCUACAACCAGGGCUUUGAAGUGGUCCUUAAUGGGUACAAAUGGUUUGCCUUCUUCAAGUACACUGAAGAUGGCUCUAAGGUGACAAGCUACUGUGACCAGACCCUGCCAGGGUGGGUCCAUGAUGUUCUGGGACACAACUGGGCCUGUUUUGUGGGGAAGAGAGUCAAACCAGUACCACCCAAAAUAGAUUACAAACCAGUUUUCAGCAGCAGUAGGCUGCUCCAGAAGCCUUACAAACACAACCUGGACUUCAUUAAUUCCAUCAACGCUGUUCAGAAAUCAUGGAAGGCUGCGCCCUACCCGGAGCAUGAGAUGUACACUCUGAAGGAACUGCACUACCGAGCAGGGGGGCCCGCCUCCCGUAUCCCCGUGCCUGUUCGUUCUAUGCCUGUGAAAGCUGAUUUAGCCAAGAUGGCCGCAGCUCUACCUGAGCAAUGGGAUUGGAGGAACGUUGAUGGUGUUAACUACGUCAGCCCUGUGCGAAACCAAGCAUCAUGCGGAAGCUGCUACUCUUUUGCUUCCAUGGGAAUGCUGGAAGCUCGUGUUCGAAUCCUCACCAACAACACUGAGACUCCCAUCCUCAGCUCGCAACAAGUGGUCUCCUGUUCUGAAUAUUCUCAAGGUUGCGAUGGUGGGUUCCCAUACCUGAUUGGGAAGUAUGUGCAGGAUUUCGGCGUUGUGGAUGAGUCAUGCUUUCCAUAUGUUGCAAAGGACUCUCCGUGUGGCGUUCCUCAAAACUGUGGCCGCAUGUACACCGCAGAAUACAACUACGUCGGUGGAUUUUAUGGAGGAUGCAGUGAGAUGGCAAUGAUGUUGGAACUGGUGAAGAAUGGACCCAUGGGGGUAGCCUUUGAGGUCUACCCUGACUUCAUGCACUAUAAAGAGGGCAUCUACUACCACACCGGCCUUGCAGACCCCUUCAAUCCCUUUGAGCUGACCAACCAUGCCGUGCUGUUGGUGGGAUACGGCCGCUGCCACGUGACCGGACAGAAGUACUGGAUUGUCAAGAACAGCUGGAGCACCAGCUGGGGCGAGGACGGCUACUUCCGAAUUCGCCGGGGCAAUGACGAGUGUGCCAUUGAGAGCAUUGCAGUUGCAGCGAACCCCAUUCCCAAACUGUAGAAGCUGAAAGCUCAGGAUGAAAGGAAUAAGUGGUUUUAACAGCCAGGCACGGUUGAUGUAGUAAAUAUAGGCAACUAUAAUCUCCCAUAAGUGAAAAGCAUAAAUACUUUUAUUUUAUGGUUUGUUUCUAAAAGUAUUGACACAUACCACUUACGUUAGCGUUACUCUGCUCUUAUGAUGCCAUGAAUACCUACCACCUUUUUUUUUUUUUUAAAUGGUUGAUUAAAACAAUCACUGAUUAGCUGCAUAUAAACCAUUUUAAAUCAAGCUGGAACUGCCGACAUAAACUUGGAAUCAGAAUGCAUUGGUACACAC